UUUGACCAUAUUUGUACUUGCAGGUAGCUGUUAAGUAUUUGAAGCUGUUCAUACCUUUAACUUAAUUGAUUAAGGGACAAUGAUUUUGUUAUUGAUCAUUAUUAUAGGAGUAUAUUCCACUUUCGGUACCAGUACUGCAUCGGUUUCAACAGAUGUAUGGAAAAAACUGACUGAGAUUGAAACGAUUCUGGUUGAUAUGGUUGCUCAAAUAGCAGAUGUGAAAGAACGAUUGGACACAGAAAAGGCAGAAUCCACAACAGCAUGUCCUGAUCGUUGGGUAGCAUAUAAAGGGUCUUUUUGCUACUUUGGAUCUACUACUGUUACCUUUAGCGAGGCUCAGGAUAUAUGUACAUCUCUUGGGGCUCAUUUAGUUCAUGUUGACAACUACUUGGAAAACGUGUUUCUUAAGGGCUUCAUGAAUAGUCACAGCAAAAAUUGUUAUUGGGUUGGUCUGACAGAUGCCGCGAAGGAAGGUUUAUGGAAGCUGACGGGAAAGAACACAAUAGCUCCUUUCUUAGACUGGGGAAGCUCAGAACAGAGGUGGGACUUCUGAAAAUUGUGUCAUAUUUGAAACUCAACAUUGGUACAGAUGGGCGGAUGUGCCUUGCUCAGUAAAAAACCGGUAUUUAUGUGAGAGAAUCUGAGAAACAGAAGCACUACUGUCAUUUCGAACAUUCUUAUACGCCCAAAGGGACAUAUUAUGUGAAGACAUGUGUCGUCAGUCUGUUUGCAAUUUUAUUUUCUCUCAUGAACAUAAUAGUUUAGCCUAAGAUCGAUCCUCAGACUUUAUAUGUAUAUAGCUCAUGGGCAGUAGAUGGCCUCUAUUGAUUUUGAGGUCAAAGAUCAGAGUGACUUUUAGGACAAAAACCGUUUCCGCUCAAUAUCUUUCGAAUACAGUGACAUAGGAUCCUCAAACUUUUCAGAGGUUAUGGUCGAAUGAACUUUUACUGAUGACUCCGCGAUUCAUAGAACAGCGCUCUCCUUACUGAUCUAAACAGGUGAGAUCCUGUAGACAGCGGGUAACCUCUGUUGAUUUUAUGGUCAAUGUCACACUAAUUGUUCUUCUCAAUAUUUUUAGAAAGGUUUAUUUUACAGCCCUUAAACUUUGCUGGCAUGUAUUAUGUGAUACAGUUACUAACUGGAUAGUGUUGGUAAUCGUCCCCAUUUUUGCAAUUUAAUUCAUUCAGUCUCCGCUAAUUAACUUCGGACCUAUGAUUCUCAAACUUAACAGGCACAUUGCUUCGAGCGUAGUUCGCUCCGCAGUGCGGUGCUCUUGUUUACCCAUACAAAUGCAUUUCUGAAUCAGCUUCGUUUGUUGAUGUCAUAUACGUUAUUUAAAACUCAAGUUUAAUAGAGUAUGGAUAUACUAAAUUAAAUGUUAUGUUGUUGUGUACAUUAGGUUUUUAUGAUGUUUGGCUGCAACAAAAUGUUGGUAAUGUUGAUCUGUUCUUACAUGUAGUGAAACAAAUGAUAACAGGUCAGUUUGUUCAAAACUGGCACAGUAGAAUUAAUGACUCGAGUAGAGCUUUAUUCUAUAGGAACAUUGCAUAUUUUUUUUAUUUCAGUCAUAUUUAGAUUAUUUCACUGUAAACAAAUUCUGCCAGUCAUUAGCUAGAUUAAGGGUAUCGUCACAUAGAUUAAAUAUUGAAUCUGGUAGAUGGGCAAGGCCAAUUGGUGUACCAGUAAAUUAAAAGGAAAUGUAAUCUUUGUAAUAUUCUUGAAGAUGAGUAUCACUUCAUAAUUGAAUGUCCAUUAUAUGUUGAUUUAAGGAAACGAUUUAUUAGUUCAAGAUACUGGAAACUACCUAAUAUAAUAAAGUUUAUUGAACUUAUAAAAACCGAAAAUAAAUCAGUCAUAAGAAAAUUAGGGUCUUUUAUACACAAUGCAUUUGCAAUAAGAAAUGAAUAUUUGUUAAGAUAAGAAUUCAGGAUACUAAAAAUCAUCAUUUACUUUAUCAUUUCUUCGUUUUGUUAUGUAUCAGUGUAGUUAAGCCAAUGUAACAAAUAUAACAAAAAAGACAACAAAUUUUGAAAAUGUCAAUGUUCAAUUAAUAUAAUAUUUCCAAAAUGUUAACCUUUAUUCGUUUUUGGGAAAAGGUUUACACUCAUUGGAAUAUUUUAUACGGUAAAGUUAUUAUCAUCUGGACCUUUCUUGAAAGGUUUACGGUGAUCUAGUUUUCUGAGGUAUGAAUAAUUAUCUAUAUAUUCCAAUUUUCUUUGAAAUUCGUCAAUAUUUCAUAGUGUGGAAUUUGUUGAAUAUAGUUCUUCGUCCAGGUCUUCUCAAAUAAAUUCAUCCAAAAGCCUAUUUGUUUAUCCGGAUGUUAUGGAAAUAAAUUCAGUAAAAUAACUAUACCUUGUAUGUCCUUGUAUAGAUCUUCAAAAAGCGUACUAUGUUGUGUUCCUGUC